CGGAGACAAGGGGGCACAGGGUGUGCGGAAGCACCCCCUUGCUCCCGGAAAUUCCACCAACGACCUCCACCAAGGAUCUCAUUCCUUCCUCCUCCCGAUCGUUCCCUCUCCUCCGAUCUCGACACCAGAGCUCCCAUCGAACCCUACCUCCGUUGCAAACUUCAAUGAGAUGGAGGUGGACGGCGACAAUAGAGAUGUGGCCGACGAGUAGGAUGGCCGAGACGGUGGGGGAGAAGAGGAAGUGAAUAUCAAAUUGGAGGUUUGUAAGUGUGGUAAGACGUUCCAAGCCUCCAACUACAUUCCGUACCUGGAUAAUUGUAAGGCCAUCAAGAAGCUCAAGUCACGACAACUAAUGGAGCACCGAGAGCAACAUUGCCCCAAGCCUAGCCUCAGGUGUCUUGUGUCGCUACCGUGGAGGUACAAUGUGUCGGUUCCAUGGCCCAAGAGCAGAGACAUGGUGAGAUUGAUUCUUGGUUUCUCGUUGCUUCCGAUUCCCGUGUUGACUCAUACUGAUCUGUAAAGGAGGAACGUGCUACCACUUUGAGAAGAAUAUGGUAUGAUAAGUUAGCAUCUGUCGAGUAUGAUUAUCUCAGAUCACAUCCAUGGAACUUUGAUAAGUGUGAAAAUAGAAGGGAAAAUGACGAAAGUAUUCUGCUUGUUAUCAGAUGAUAUUUUGGUUGCUUUGGAGCUUUGCCUGUCAUUCAUUUGGUCUUCCUAAAUUCUCUAUUUUGCAGUCAACAGAUUUGGUAUGAUAAUGUUCCUCACACCAAACUCGUUGAAUAUAAGAAAGACCAAAACUGAGUACGGAGGUGAUUACUUGGUUUUCCUUCUUAGGGAACUCAAUUUAAAGAUGGUGUUUCUAAAUACAUUGAGUUCAUCGAGCAAAAUCUUCUAGCCAUCAAUGGGGGAGGGCACACAAGGGGUCCUUGAUGUUGGUUGUGGUGUUGCAAGCUUUGGUGGAUAUUUAAGGGAUAGGAUCCGAUACAAUUUGCAUUAGAGUGUGGUAUUCCAGCCUUUUUAGCGGUGGGAAGCCACUAGAGCUCAAUAGGAUUCUUAGACCUGGAGGUUUCUUUGUUUGGUCUCCAACACAUGUUUACCGCUACUGAGAGGGACCAAAGCAUCUGGAAGUGUAGUGACAUUUGUCAAUUUCUUUAAAUUUCAUGAUCUCCUUUGGCAUCAGCAAGACUACGUGGCUUUCGGAAGCUACACUAUCUUAAAUUUUUAACUAGCACCCUUUUAAAUUUUUGUCUGGAUCCGCUACUGGACUAUGGGUAUAGGUUUGAUAGUAAAGUGGAAUGAGAAUGAGAAUGGAAUGAAACCCACAUAGUUAUAUGAGUUUUGUUGAUUCCCAAAAAUCUAGAAAUUAUUCCCAAAUUGUUAUUCUCAAACCCACAAACCAAACACUAUCUUUUACUAUCAUUCUAUUCCCUCAUUCCCAAACCCAUCAACCAAACACCCCUUAGCUUAACUUAAUUCAUUUAUCUUAUCAAAUAAGCUUAAACAACACAAACAUUGACUCUCAUUUGCAACCCUACACCUAGGAAAAUACAAAGAGGAGAAAGCUUGAUAACCUUUCUUCGUAAGGAGGCGAUGGCGAAGCUUUCCCAAAACUAACCUUCUAAGUUUAGGAGAAAAGGAUCCAUUGCCUCUCAUAUUUGGAGAAGGAAUAGGAGGGAAAAUUCCUAGGAGUAGCCAGCGUCGGAACUUCCAAACCAAGGAUGAUGAAAUAGAAAUCUCCAUAUCUAAAGGAAAGUAGUCGAUUUCUUUCGAAUAGAGAGAAAGAAGAGAAGAUAGAAAGAUCAAUUCCUUUUCAAGUUGAGAUGAUUUAAAAUACACCUACUUUUAGUCACUUCAAAAACAUCUAUAACAAAUUACUUUACAGGCAAGGCAUAGUGAGGGUGGUAAACAAAGGUCUUGUCACUUGAGCAUCAAGAAGGAUGGAUGGUGAUAAAAAAGAAGAGGUAAUGGUGCUGGUUUAGUAGGAGCAAACAGUGAUGAUAUGCCACCAAACAUUAUUGUGCAACAGCUGGUGCAUUUAAUUCCUCAUUGAUACUCAACAAAUAUUUUGAUUUGCCAAAUGAUUCUUCCAUAUCAACUUGCACAGAUCAAGAUCCAUGCUGGAAUAUAUUCUCCUUAAUACAAGCUAGAUAUUAUUUUUUAUAGAUACUCCAGUUACUGAUAAACACAGAACUGAAAAUGGGCCAACAGAUAUGAAAAUUUAGCUUCACUUGAAACAAACAACUCACUGUAGUCUUCAGUUUAACUCCUUUGUCCUAUUAUCAGAAAGCCAAGAACAUAUUCCUCUUUGCGGGAUGAGUGGGAAGAACUGGUUACUUCUUACAGAUCAAUGAUUAUUUUCAGCCAAACAAUUGUAUGUCAAUGUCAGAUGGAACAAGGUUCCUUCAUAUCAAUCUUAUUCUCAGAAUCACAGUCAUGAUUUGCCACUCUCUUGAUGAGCUUUUUAUUGUUAAAAUUUGAUCACCAGUAAGGUAAGUUUUUAAGGCAUGUUGGUAUUGAUUUCUUACAGAUAGAUAGUAUAAAGAAAUAUAUAAAAUGGCACGCUAUGUUUUAGUCAUAAACGUUGGUUCGAGGAACAAAAUUUAGGAUUUGAGUAGGUAUCUUCGUUUAGUUAUAAUAUUUAGUAAGAAUAACUACAUGUUCAUAUUCAUGUUUGGUAGCAAAGUAGUAUUCAGAUGAUUAUAGUAUUUGGACUAAGAUGGUAGAAUAAGAUAUUGAGAUUUUGUUAGCUACCACUUCCACUAAACACAAAACCAAAAGCUCAUAGGACUCUGACCAUUGAACAGUGACACCCAUUAUCAUCCAAGAAUUGUCAACCCACAAAGCCUCUCACUCCCAGCAUGGAGAACCACAUCACACCAACAAAAAGCUCCACCACUUCUCUCUUCCUCUCUUCUUCUCAUCCCACCAGAUCAACAAACUAUUAUAAAUAACUCCCUCCACCUUGCCUCGAGGUGAGCAUCCCCACAAAUCCUUGCCCUGCUGAGGCAGAGAGCUAGGAAUUGUUCAUCUUGGCAGCGUGUGAAGAAAGAGAUUAUGAACAUUCAAACAGGGCAGGGAUCCAGAAAGGACUCCAUGCAUGCUCAACAAGUCUCUGUUGAUUGGAGGGGCAAACCUUGCAUGCCAAAUAAGCAUGGCGGCAUGAGAGCUGUCAUCUUUGUUUUAGGGUUUCAAGCACUGGAGAUCAUGGCGAUUGCUGCAGUUGGGAACAACCUCAUAACCUAUGUCUUCAAUGAGAUGCAUUUCUCCUUGUCGAAAUCAGCAAACUUAGUGACCAAUUUUGUAGGGACUAUCUUUCUCCUGUCCCUGCUUGGCGGUUUCCUCUCAGAUUCCUAUCUGGGGAGCUUCUGGACCAUGCUAAUAUUUGGAUUUGUAGAGCUGUCUGGAUACUUAUUGCUGUCAGUGCAAGCUCAUCUGCCACAGUUGAGGCCACCCCCAUGCAACAUGAUGUCCCCAGAGGAGCACUGCAUGGAGGCAGAGGGGUUUAAGGCCACUGUCUUCUUUGUGGCUCUCUACUUGGUGGCCUUAGGAAGUGGGUGCCUGAAACCCAACAUGAUAUCACAUGGAGCUGACCAGUUCAGGAAUGAUGACCCUGCUCAGUGCAAGAAACUCUCCACUUACUUCAACAUUGCCUACUUCAGCUUCUGUGUAGGGGAGCUCAUUGCCCUCACUGUUCUCAUUUGGGUCCAGACGAGGUCAGGGAUGGAUGUCGGGUUCGGUGUGUCGGCAGGUGCCAUGGCCAUGGGGCUUGCCAUCAUGGUCUCCGGCGCCUUCUUCUACAGGAACAAACACCCACAAGGCAGCAUUUUCACACCAAUAGCAAGGGUCUUUGUAGCUGCAUUCAGCAAGAGAAAGCAAAUUUGCCCUUCAAGCUCUGACAUUCUUCACAGAAGCCACAUCAAUGAAUCCAACAAUCCACCAUUUGCCAAUAAGUUUAGGUUCUUGGACAAAGCCUGUGUCAGAGUUGAAGAUGGCUCUAACAUGAAGGAGAGCCCAUGGAGACUGUGCACAGUUUCAGAAGUAGAGCAAGUUAAGAUCAUCAUCUCGGUGAUUCCAAUUUUCGGGUGUACCAUCAUCUUCAACACCAUCUUAGCGCAGCUGCAGACCUUCUCGGUCCAACAAGGAAAUGCCAUGGACACCAAGCUCACCGACUCAUUCCAUGUCCCCCCUGCAUCCCUCCAAGCCAUCCCCUACAUCAUGCUCACUGUACUAGUGCCCAUUUACGAAACGUGCUUCGUUCCACUCACUCGAAAGUUCACCCGAACCGACUCCGGGAUCACUCCCCUGCAGCGCAUUGGUGUCGGGCUAUUCACUGUGACAUUCUCCAUGGUUGCUGCGGCCAUGAUCGAGAGGAAGAGGAGGGAGACAUACAUGGAGUCCAACAAGCUACUCUCCCUCUUUUGGAUUGCACCGCAGUUCCUAAUAUUCGGGCUCUCAGAGAUGUUCACCGCGGUGGGGCUCAUCGAGUUCUUCUACAAGCAAUCCCGGGCUGGCAUGCAGGCCUUCUUGACAGCCAUGACCUACUGCUCCUACUCAUUUGGGUUCUACUUGAGCUCCCUGCUCGUCUCACUCGUGAACAAGAUCACUUCAGGCUCAUCCAAAGACGGUUGGCUAAGUGACAACGACCUUAACAACGAUAGGCUGGACCUCUUCUAUUGGCUCCUUGCUGCCCUCAGCCUCAUCAACUUCUUCAUCUACUUACUCUGCUCCAAUUGGUAUUCCAGUAGCCUAUCUCCAUCUACUAAUGCCGGUGAAGACGACCACAUCAGUUCCUCUAAGCAUGUUCAAGCUGAGGAUAUUCUGUAAAGGGCCAUCAUCCCUCCGCACAUUUUUUUUCUUUUAACUUAACUCACCAUCCUGCAUUAUUUAUUAUAAGAAAAAAGCAGAAUUGAAAGCA